AUGCCCACAAGCCAACCAUCAGAGCUCACUUCCCAAGACUUGCGUGCCCCCGUCUCUGCCAUGCACAACAUGAGCCAGAACGAUGAGUCCAGGCACCAUUCAUCCAGAGCCUCUACAGAUACAACUUACUGCACCAAUCAGCCACGGGCGGUCCCUCAGGGCAUUUUAUUCGAGAGAAAUGUGAAACAGGAAGACAUGGUAUCCAAGGGCAUAAUUGGCCACCAACAGGCGAGGCAGCUUUUCACCUCGUUCAUAGCUAACGCAACGAAUUUUCUGCCCAUUUUUGAUCCGAUUCUUGACAGUUUUGAGGCGUUGAGGCUUCGUGAGCCUUUUUGUUUUGGUGUCAUUCUUACACUGGCUUGUUGCAUAGAUGGUCUGCUGCAGCUAGAACAAUGCGUGGCUGAAAUCAAAGCUCUCCUUGCAGGAACUCUGUUUGAUUGCCGGGCAACCACUGGUACAGUGCAGGGCAUGAUGCUCCUCGUCAUUUAUGCCGAGAACACCUGUUUCGCCAUUGGCCAUGCUCUGCAGAUGGCCCAGGACCCCAAGCUUGACCGGAUCUUGUCUGAUCAACAGGUCCUGAGCCAGCCUUGGGUGUCUGAACACAUUGAACAACAGCGCCGAACGAUGCGGAACGCAAGAGUCUGGCUCGCGCUCUGUCUUAUUGAGAGAGAAGUUGCGAUUGGAACUGCUAGAUCCUGUAGAAUACCCAAAGUUUCAGCUGCCGAUCUGACAUAUCUCACUCACCAAUCGCUGGCUCAUCCACCCAAUAUGAGAUUUGCAUCUCUUGUUGAGGCAGUUCAAGUUCGAGAUGAGUUUUUAUCCGAGAUAACUUCCGCGGGAGACCUGCAAGAUACUGGUCUACGUCGACUGCAUCACAUCGAGAGCAAGUUUGAAGAGUGGCUUCAGAACUGGGAUGCACACAACAGAGGCAUAUUUGCACUGGAAAUGUCCAGACACCGAGAUGACUUGAAUGCACCCGAGGUUCUUACCACGGUGACGGGAAUUGCUGACAUCCUAGCCGGUUAUCACGACCCUUUCUUCUACCAGCUCAUCCAGGCUCGUCUGUCACAUCACCCUAGUGCAUCAUCGUAUAUGAUACCAGAGCAAAGUAGCCAAAACCAAGCUGACGUCUGCCAUAACUCAAAGACUAGGCCGGCUCAGUGUGAGACUGCCAGCGCGGCUGCUUGCAGUACACAGUUCCAGCUUCCUCACAGCUCUGUGAGACAGUCUCUUCUUCCAGAUAUGGAUUUUACUGGCCAAUCUCCCCUGAGUCAACUAUUAGAAACACCCGAUUGGAUGCUAAACCCUUCGUCUAUGCUUGUGUUUGAUGUGAACAACUGGCAAAACAAUGAUACUUCGGACCCUAACUACUAA